GAGGUGCCCCCCGAGCUUUUGUGCCCACUCUCCUUCGACGUCAUGACGGACCCGGUGAUCUGCGCCUCGGGCCAAACCUACGAGCGGUCUGCCAUCGAGAAGUGGUUCGCGAUGGGCAAGCGCACCGACCCGAUGAGCGGUUCGGUGCUCGAAUCCACGUUCCUGGUGCCAAACGUAGCGCUACGCAGCAUG